GACAGACCAUACACUCAUGCAGCCGCAAGCCCAGAGACACGUUUGUGCUGCAUCGAAAGGAAAGCGUAUAUCUUAGAAACCUUAUUCUUUUUCCCCCUCUCUCUUUGGCAUGGAGUGAGGGGACCGGAGUCAGCGGCUUGUGUUGCCUCAUUUUCACCACCAGUGGAUUCGGGCUGGCGGCGUGGUGUGAUGAAAUAAAGACCCCGACUAAAAAACACCGAGAGAUAGAGGUUACGGCUGUGCAUCAUGUUUGAAUGCCGAUAAUCAUACAGAAAUAUACAUGACCGUGCAGCUGUAGCCUCGUCUGGGCUGUGGUGAGUCUCGUUGUGUUGCAGAAGCCCGUCUGGAGCGGCCGCCGUGCGGGACUGAGGCUGCAGCUUUGGACGGACAAUCGCACCCUGAACCCCUGAGAAGGUUUGGAUGAGGUGGUGGAAGAGGCUCUUUGCUUUCACAAGUCCAGCCAACUUUUCAUCCAUUCCUUUCUAACAGCGGUGCCAUCGGGCAUUGCUCAGGAGAUGGCGAUGAGGUUGCUCUACUUGGGAUUUAUACUCAGCUCAGAGAUCAUAUCUCUUAACUGUGCAGCCGUAGCUCCCAAACCUGAUGACCUACCCAAGACAUGCAACCCUAAGCAGUUUGUGUGCAAGGACCAGGUGACCUGCAUUUCCAAAGGUUGGCGCUGCGAUGGGGAGAAGGACUGUCCAGAUGGCUCAGACGAAUCCCCCGAUAUCUGCUCACACAACAGGGUGAACCAGUGUGCUGUCAACGAAUAUGCCUGCCUGGAUCCGGAGGUUUGCAUCCACAUGAGUAGACUGUGUGAUGGAGUCCCCGACUGCUCGGAUGGCUGGGAUGAGGGGCCCCACUGCAGAGAAAAAGCCCUGGACUGUACCUCCCAUGGGUGCCAGUUUCACUGUGCAGUGACUCACGAUGGGCCUCGGUGUUACUGUAGACAUGGUUACGAGGUCGCGGCAGAUGGAAAGACAUGUAAAGAUUUUAAUGAGUGCAGUGUGUACGGGACGUGCAGUCAGACAUGCACAAACACAGAGGGAAGCUACACCUGUAGUUGUGUGGAGGGUUACCUGCCGCAGCCAGAUAACCGCUCCUGCAAAGCCAAAAAUGAUCCGGUGGAUCGUCUGGCAGUCCUCUUGAUCGCUAACCUCCAUGAUAUCCGAUGCACCGUCCUGAGUCGCUCCACGUCCCUGCUGCUCUCCAUCCCCACAAAGCAGGCGAUGGCUAUGGACUUCAUCUACGCCGAGGAGACGGUGUGCUGGAUAGAUGUAGGCGACACUCCAGCUGCCACCCAACUAAAAUGCGCCAGCAUCCAGGACCUGAAGACUGUCAGCAACAUCUGGACCAUCAAUAUCACCCUCAGCUUGCAUCAUGUGGAGCAGAUGGCUAUAGACUGGCUGACUGGAAACUUCUACUUUGUGGAUGACGUGGACGACCGGGUGUUUGUCUGCAAUAAGAACGGUCAGACGUGCGUGACCCUGCUCGACCAAGAGCUGUACAACCCUAAAGGCAUCGCCUUGGACCCGACAAUGGGUAAAGUGUUUUUCACUGAUUACGGGUCUACGCCGAGGGUGGAGCGCUGUGACAUGGAUGGCCAGAACCGCACAAAGCUAGUGGACAGUAAGAUCGUCUUCCCCCACGGCAUCACUCUGGACCUGGUGAACCGGCUGGUGUACUGGGCCGACGCCUACCUGGACUACAUUGAAGUGGUGGACUACGAGGGCAAAAACAGACAUACCAUCAUCCAGGGCCUGAUGAUCGAGCACCUGUAUGGACUGACGGUAUUUGAGAAUUACCUCUAUGCUACAAACUCUGACGAAGGGAACCUGAACCCCAAGACCAGUGUGAUCCGAGUGAACCGCUUCAACAGCUCUGACAUCCAGACAGUAGUUCGUUUAGACCGCGGCGCAGCCCUGCACGUGUACCACCAGAGACGCCAGCCUCCAGUGCGCAGCCAUGCGUGCGCGCUGGACCAGUUUGGAAAGGCUGGAGGCUGCUCUGACAUUUGUCUGCUGAGCAACAGCCACAAGACCCGCACCUGCCGCUGUCGCUCUGGAUUCAGCCUCGGCAGCGACGGAAAGUCCUGCAAGAAACCAGAUCAUGAGUUGUUCUUGGUCUACGGUAAAGGUCGACCUGGUAUCAUAAGAGGCAUGGACAUGAAUUCUAAAGUGCCCGAUGAAUACAUGAUUCCCAUUGAGAACCUGAUGAACCCUCGCGCUCUGGAUUUCCACGCUGCAAGUGAAUUCAUUUAUUUUGCCGACGCUACCAGCUACAUUAUUGGCCGACAGAAGAUCGAUGGCACGGACAGAGAUACUAUUCUGAAGGACGGUAUUCACACGGUGGAGGGGAUAGCGGUGGACUGGAUUGGAGGUAAUCUCUACUGGACAGAUGACGGCCCUAAGAAGACUAUCAGUGUUGCCAAGCUGGAGAAGGCUUCACAGACCCGCAAGACGCUCAUUGAAGGAAAGAUGAGCCAUCCCCGCGCCAUUGUGGUGGACCCACAGCAUGGGUGGAUGUACUGGACCGACUGGGAGGAGGAUCCCACCGAGAGCAACAGAGGGAAGAUCAAGAAGGCUUGGAUGGACGGUACGCAUCACCAAGUGUUGCUGACCAGCAAGACGGUGCUGUGGCCCAACGGCUUGAGCCUGGACAUUCCCCAGGGAAUUCUGUACUGGGUAGACGCCUACUAUGACCGCAUUGAGCUGGUUUACCUCAACAGCACUGAGCGAAAGGUUGUGUACGAGGGGCAGGAGUUGAACCAUGCCUUUGGCUUAUGCCAUUACAAACAAUUUCUGUUCUGGAACGAGUACCGCGGCGGCAGCAUCUACAAACUGGACCAGGCCACCAAAACUGUCACAUUACUCCGCAAUGAGAGGCCCCCUAUUUUUGAAAUCAGAGUCUAUGAUGCACACCAGCAGCAAGGCACCAACCUUUGUCGAGUCAACAAUGGAGGCUGCAGCAGUCUGUGCCUCGCUAUUCCUGAUGGCAGGUCCUGUGGAUGCGCUGACGAUCAAAUCCUCGAUGUGGAUAAUGUCACCUGCGGAGCCAACCCCUCCUAUGUGCCCCCGCCCAAGUGCCAGCCCGGGGAAUUCGCCUGCUUGAACAACCGCUGCAUCCAAGAGCGCUGGAAGUGCGACGGAGACAACGAUUGUCUGGACAACAGCGACGAAGCCCCCGAUCUCUGCCACCAGCACACCUGCCCCGCUGACCGGUUCAAAUGUGAGAACAACCGAUGUAUCCCCCUGCGAUGGCUGUGUGAUGGAGACAAUGACUGUGGCAACGAUGAGGAUGAAUCCAACACCACCUGCUCAGCUCGUACGUGCCCGCCGAACCAGUACCCCUGUGCCAGUGGCCGCUGCAUCCCCAUUUCCUGGACAUGUGACCUGGACGACGACUGUGGAGAUCGCUCAGAUGAACCAGACUCUUGCGCCUAUCCAACCUGCUUCCCUCUAACCCAGUUCACCUGCGGCAACGGCCGCUGCAUCAAUAUAAACUGGCGCUGUGACAAUGACAAUGACUGUGGGGACAACAGCGAUGAAGCAGGAUGCAGCCAUUCGUGUUCCAGUGUUCAGUUUAAAUGUAACAGUGGCCGCUGCAUCCCAGAAUACUGGACCUGCGACGGCGACAAUGAUUGUGGAGACUACAGCGAUGAGACUCAUGCAAACUGCACCAACCAGGCAACUCGUCCUCCGGGCGGGUGCCACGUAGACGAGUUUCAGUGCCGGAUGGAUGGCCUGUGCAUUCCCAUGCGCUGGCGCUGUGAUGGCGACACUGAUUGCAUGGACCUCAGUGACGAGAGCAACUGUGAGGGCGUCACCCACAUGUGUAACCCUGCCGUCACGUUCAGCUGCAGAGACUCUGCUCGCUGCAUCAGCAAGGCCUGGGUGUGCGACGGGGACAGCGACUGUGAGGACAACUCGGAUGAGGAAAACUGUGAAGCGCUGGUGUGCAAGUUAUCUCACCACAUGUGUGCUACCAAUGACUCCAUCUGCCUACCUGCUGAGAAGCUCUGUGACGGCACUGAUGAUUGUCCGGAUGGCUCUGAUGAGAAACUUUGCGACUUGUGCUCACUGGACAAUGGAGGUUGCAGUCACAACUGCAGCAUCAUUCCUGGGGAGGGCUUCAUGUGCUCUUGCCCCCUGGGCAUGGAGCUGGGCGCGGACAACAAGACCUGCCAGAUCCAGAGCUUUUGCGCCAAACACCUUAAAUGUAGCCAGAAGUGUGAACAGGAGAAAUCCAGUGUCAAGUGCUCCUGCUACGAAGGCUGGGAGCUGGAGGCUGACAUGGAGAGCUGCAAAAGCACCGAUCCUUUUAAGCCUUUCAUCAUCUUCUCCAAUCGUCAUGAGAUCAGGAGGAUUGACCUUCACAAGGGAGAGUUCAGUGUGCUCGUGCCAGGCUUGAGGAACACCAUCGCCUUGGACUUUCACCUUAACCAGAGCACCCUGUACUGGACGGAUGUAGUGGAGGACAAGAUCUACCGGGGGAAACUGUCUGAGAAUGGAGCGCUCACUAGCUUUGAGGUGGUGAUCCAGUACGGGCUGGCUACUCCGGAAGGCCUCGCCGUGGACUGGAUAGCAGGAAACAUCUACUGGGUGGAGAGCAACCUGGACCAGAUUGAAGUGGCCAAACUGGAUGGGACCAUGAGAACCACCCUGCUGGCCGGGGAAGUGGAACAUCCCCGGGCCAUCGCUCUGGACCCUCGUGACGGCAUUCUGUUCUGGACAGACUGGGAUGCGAGUCUGCCCAGGAUAGAGGCCGCGUCCAUGAGCGGUGAAGGCAGACGCACCAUCCACAAGGAGACGGGCAGCGGCGGCUGGCCCAACGGACUUACUGUUGACUACAUGGAAAGGCGUAUUGUCUGGAUCGAUGCCAGGUCGGAUGCUAUAUACUCUGCAUUGUAUGAUGGAUCUGGUUUGAUUGAAGUGUUGCGGGGCCACGAGUAUUUGUCUCACCCCUUUGCCGUCACCAUGUACGGAGGCGAGGUCUACUGGACCGACUGGAGGACCAACACACUGGCCAAAGCCAUCAAGUGGACUGGACACAAUGUCACUGUAGUCCAGCGCACCAACACGCAGCCCUUCGACCUGCAGGUUUAUCACCCAUCCAGACAACCCGAGGCCCCCAAUCCCUGCGCCACGAGUGAUGGUAAAGGCCCAUGCUCCCACUUGUGUCUCAUCAAUUUCAACCAGACCUUUUCCUGUGCCUGCCCUCACCUGAUGAAGCUGCAGCCUGAUAAGCGUACCUGCAAAGAGUCCCGCAAGUUCCUGCUUUAUGCUCGUCAAAUCGAGAUUCGAGGCGUCGACAUCGACAACCCCUACUACAACUACAUCAUCUCCUUCACUGUGCCAGACAUAGACAAUGUGACCGUGGUGGAUUACGACGCCGUAGAGCACCGCAUUUACUGGUCGGAUGUACGAACGCAGACCAUCAAAAGGGCUUUCAUCAAUGGCACCGGGGUGGAGACUGUCGUGUCUGCUGACCUUCCUAAUGCCCACGGGUUGGCAGUAGACUGGGUGUCCAGGAAUCUUUUCUGGACCAGCUAUGAUGCCAAUAAGAAGCAGAUUAAUGUGGCCAGACUGGAUGGAUCUUUCAAGAAUGCAGUCAUCCAAGGAUUAGACAAACCCCACGGUCUUGUGGUUCACCCUCUCCAAGGGAAACUAUACUGGACUGAUGGAGACAAUAUAAGCAUGGCUAACAUGGACGGUACUAACAGCACCACGCUUUUCACCAAUCAAAAAGGACCAGUGGGCUUGGCCCUUGACUAUGAGAAGGAUCAGCUGUACUGGAUCAGCUCAGGAAACGGCACCAUUAACCGGUGUCAGCUGGACGGAUCCAAGCUGGAGAGCCUGGAAGGUGUAAAGGGAAAGCUUACGAAGGCCACUGCCCUUGCAAUUAUGGGAGACAAGCUGUGGUGGGCUGACCAGGGAACUGACCAGAUAGGGACGUGCAACAAGAAAGACGGUGGAGACUGGAAAGUUCUGCGAAACAACACCUCUCCUAUGAUGCACAUGAGAAUUUAUGACGAGGAUGUGCAGAAAGCAUCUAUCAAUCUGUGCAGUAACAACAAUGGAGACUGCUCGCAGCUGUGUCUGCCCACUUCCCCCACAACCCGGUCCUGCAUGUGUACUGCUGGGUACAGCCUCAAAACGGGGCAGCAGUCCUGCGAGGGUAUGGGCUCUUUCCUGCUUUACUCCGUUCACGAAGGGAUCAGAGGAAUUCCACUGGACCCGGCAGAUAAAUCUGAUGCCUUGGUGCCGGUGUCUGGCACCUCCCUGGCCGUUGGCAUCGACUUCCAUGCCGAGAAUGACACCAUCUACUGGGUGGACAUGGGUCUGAGUACCAUCAGCAGAGCAAAGAGAGAUCAGACCUGGAGAGAGGACGUGGUGACCAACGGCAUCGGCAGGGUGGAGGGCAUCACUGUGGACUGGAUAGCAGGAAAUAUUUACUGGACUGAUCAGGGCUUCGACGUGAUUGAGGUGGCCAGGCUGAAUGGCUCAUUCCGCUACGUCGUCAUCUCCCAGGGUUUGGACAAACCCAGAGCUAUAACCGUCCACCCAGUGAAAGGGUAUCUGUUCUGGACAGAGUGGGGUCAGUAUCCUCGCAUCGAACGCUCCCGGCUGGACGGCACCCAGAGGUUGGUCAUAGUCAACGUGAGCAUUAGCUGGCCAAACGGGAUCUCCAUCGACUACGAGGAUGGGUUUUUGUAUUGGUGUGAUGCCCGAACAGACAAGAUUGAGCGCAUAAACCUGGAAACGGGAACGGACAGGGAGCUGGUGCUGGCCAGCAAUAACAUGGACAUGUUUGCCGUGUCUGUAUUUGAGGAAUUCAUCUACUGGAGUGAUAGGACUCAUGCCAACGGCUCCAUCAAGAGAGGCAGCAAAGACAAUGCAACGGAUGCCGUGCAGCUCAGGACGGGUAUCGGUGUACAACUGAAAGACAUCAAGGUGUUCAACAGGGCCAGACAGCAAGGCUCGAAUGUCUGCAAAAACAACAACGGUGGCUGUGAACAGCUGUGUCUCUUCCGUGGCAACACCGACCGCACCUGCGCCUGUGCACACGGCAUGCUGGCCGAAGACAACCGCAGCUGCCGCGACUACGACGGGUACCUGCUGUACUCGGAGAGAACUAUACUGAAAAGCAUUCACCUGUCCGAUGAGACCAACCUUAACGCGCCGAUCAAACCGUUCGAGGACCCCGACCACAUGAAGAACGUCAUCGCCCUCAGCUUCGACUACCACGGCGGCGGAGGGAAGGGAUCCAACCGCGUCUUCUUCAGUGAUAUUCACUUUGGCAACAUCCAGCAGAUCAAUGAUGAUGGCACGGAUCGGAAGAUCGUGGUAGACAAUGUUGGGUCAGUGGAGGGCCUGGCGUACCAUCGAGGUUGGGAUACUCUCUACUGGACCAGUUACACAACCUCCACCAUAACUCGUCACACCGUGGAUCAGAGCCGCUCUGUGGCCUAUAACCGCAACACUGUAGUCACCAUGUCUGGAGAAGACCACCCCAGAGCCUUCGUGCUGGACGAGUGUCAGGAUCUCAUGUUCUGGACCAACUGGAACGAGCAGUCUCCCAGCAUCAUGAGGGCCUCUCUGAACGGAGCCAACGUGAUCGUGAUAGUCGGCAGUGACAUUAAAACCCCCAACGGCCUGGCCAUCGAUCACCGCGCUGAGAAGCUCUACUUCUCCGACGCCACGCUGGACAAGAUCGAACGCUGCGAGUACGACGGGAGCAGCCGCUACGUGUUGUUGAAGAACGAGCCUGUGCAUCCAUUUGGCUUGGCUGUGUAUGGAGAUUACAUCUUCUGGACCGACUGGGUGAGGAGGGCUGUCCUCAGAGCGGACAAGUACACAGGAGGAGACAUGAAAGUGCUGCGGGCCGACAUCCCCCAGCAGCCUAUGGGCAUAGUUGCAGUGGCUAACGACACCAACAGCUGUGAGUUUUCUCCCUGCCGAAUGAAUAACGGAGGUUGCCAGGACCUGUGUUUGCCGACGUCUGACGGACGUGUGAACUGCAGCUGUCGAGGAGACAGACAACUUCACGACGACAACACCUGCUCUUCGCUGAAUGUAUCAUGUGGGAGCGUCGAUGACUUUGAGUGUGGAAACGGUGACUGCAUCAACUACAGCCUGACCUGUGACGGGAUGGCCCACUGCAAAGACAAGUCUGAUGAGAAGCAGUCGUACUGUGCAAAUCGUAUUUGUAAGAAGGGUUAUAGACGCUGCAUGAAUGGCCGCUGCAUCGGCCACAAGUUCUGGUGUGACGGCACGGACGACUGUGGGGACCAUUCGGACGAACUGCCCUGCAACAUGACGCUGUGUAAGCCGGGAGAGUUCCAGUGCAAAGAUGGAAGCUGCAUAUCCAACUUCAGCCGCUGUGAUCAGGUGGUCAACUGUGAGGAUGCAAGUGAUGAAAUGAGCUGCCAACCCACCGAUUGCUCCCGUUUCUUCCGCCUCGGGGUUAAGGGAGACUCUUUUGUGAACUGUGAGAAAACCACUCUGUGCUAUCUCCCCUCGUGGGUGUGCGACGGCACCAACGAUUGUGGAGACUUUUCUGAUGAGAGAAACUGUCCAGAUAAAAGGAAGCUUAAGUGUCCGGUCAACUUCUUCGCUUGUCCCAGCGGUCGUUGCAUUCCCAUGAGCUGGACCUGCGAUAAGGAGAUCGACUGUGAGAACGGAGCGGAUGAGACGCACUGUGACAAGUUCUGCACGCCGAACCAGUUUGAAUGUGGGAACCACCGCUGCAUUUUCAGCCGCUGGGUGUGCGACGGCGCGGAUGACUGUGGUGAUGGGUCUGACGAAGACCAGAGAUGCAAGUCCAAGACAUGUAGUCCUGAAGCUUUCCAGUGUCCGGGCUCCCAUAUGUGCGUGCCUCAGCGCUGGAAGUGUGAUGGGGAUGCAGACUGUCCUGAUGGAGCCGAUGAGAGCGUCAAAGCUGGCUGCAUGUACACCAACAGCACAUGUGAUAGCAAUAAUGAGUUCAUGUGCCAGAACAGACAGUGCAUCCCCAAGCACUUCGUGUGUGAUCACGACAUCGACUGCUCUGACGGCUCGGAUGAAUCCCCAGAAUGUGAAUAUCCAACAUGCGGUCCAGAAGAGUUCCGCUGUGCCAACGGCCGCUGCCUCCACCAGAAGAAGUGGGAGUGUGACGGAGAGUUGGACUGUCAGGACGGAUCGGACGAAGCGCCGAAGAAUCCCCGCUGCACAGAAACUGAGAGGACCUGUAACGAAUCUGCUUUCAUGUGCCGAAAUGGCAAGUGUUUGAAUGAGACUCUGCUGUGUGACCGCAACGAUGACUGCGGCGACGGCUCCGAUGAACUCAACUGCUUCAUCAACGAGUGCCUCAACAGCAAACUCAGCGGCUGCACGCAGCUCUGUGACGACCUCAAGAUCGGCUUCAAGUGCAGGUGCCAUCCUGGCUUCCAGCUGAAGCGCGAUGGGAAGACGUGCGUGGACAUAAACGAGUGCACCACCACCUACCCCUGUUCUCAGCACUGCCUCAACACACACGGGAGCUUCCACUGUCUCUGUGUGGAAGGUUUUGAGUUCAGCCCCAACGACCCCACCGUCUGCAAGUCUGUGUCGGAGGUGGAGCCCUACUUGAUUUUUGCCAACCGUUACUACCUGAGGAAACUCAACUUGGAUGGUUCAAACUACACGCUCAUAAAGCAGGGUCUCAACAACGCAGUGGCGCUAGACUUCCACUAUGCAGAGCAGAUGAUCUACUGGACAGACGUGACCACUCAGGGCAGCAUGAUCCGACGCAUGCACAUGAACGGCAGCAGCAUGGAGGUUUUGCACCGAACCUCCCUGAGUAAUCCAGAUGGUUUGGCGGUGGACUGGGUCGGUGGGAACUUGUACUGGUGCGACAAAGGCAGAGACACUAUCGAGGUGUCCAAACUUAAUGGGGCGUACCGAACUGUGCUGGUCAACAACGGCCUCAGGGAGCCACGUGCGGUGGCUGUGGACGUACGCUACGGGUACCUUUACUGGUCUGACUGGGGCGACAACCCCCACAUUGGGAGAAUUGGCAUGGACGGCAACAACAGAAGUGUCAUCGUAAGGGAUAAGAUUACCUGGCCCAAUGGACUCACCCUGGACUUCAUUAAUGACCGUAUUUACUGGGCUGAUGCCAGAGAGGACUACAUCGAGUUUGCCAGCCUGGACGGCACAAACAGACACACGGUUCUUAGCCAUGACAUUCCCCACAUCUUUGCCAUGACGCUGUUUGAGGAAUACAUCUACUGGACGGACUGGGAGACCAAGUCCAUCAACAGAGCUCAUAAAACGAAAGGAACCAACAAGAGCACGCUGAUCAACACUCUGCAUCGACCCAUGGAUGUUCACAUCUACCAUCCCUACCGUCAGCCAGAAGUGCUCAACCACCCGUGUCAGUUGAACAACGGUGGCUGCAGUAACCUCUGCCUCCUCUCCCCUGGAGGAAGCUACAAGUGUGCCUGUCCCACCAACUUCUAUCUGGCCAGUGACCAGCGGACCUGCCUGUCCAACUGCACAGCCAGCCAGUUUGUGUGCAAGAACGACAAGUGCAUUCCUUUCUGGUGGAAGUGUGACACCGAGGACGACUGUGGGGAUCGCUCGGAUGAGCCAGCAGACUGUCCCGAGUUCAAGUGCAGGCCGGGGCAGUUCCAGUGCGGCACGGGCAUCUGCACCAACCCCGCGUACAUCUGUGACGGCGACAACGACUGCCAGGACAACUCUGACGAAGCCAACUGCGACAUUCACGUUUGCCUGCCGAGCCAGUUCAAGUGUUCCCACCCGAGCCGCUGCAUCCCGGGCAUCUUCCGCUGUAACGGCCAGGACAACUGUGGAGAAGGGGAAGAUGAAAAAGACUGCCCCGAGGUUACGUGCGCACCCACCCAGUUCCAGUGCGCCAUCACCAAACGCUGCAUUCCUCGUCUCUGGGUGUGCGACCGCGAUAAUGACUGUGCGGACGGGUCUGAUGAGCCAACCAACUGCACUCAGAUGACGUGUGGUGUGGACGAGUUUCGAUGCAAAGACUCGGGACGCUGCAUUCCCGCUCGCUGGAAGUGCGACGGCGAAGACGACUGCGGUGACGCAUCAGAUGAACCAAAAGAGGAGUGUGCCGAGAGGACGUGUGAGCCGUACCAGUUCAGGUGCAAGAACAACCGCUGCGUUCCCGGCCGCUGGCAGUGCGACUAUGACAACGACUGCGGCGACAACUCAGAUGAGGAGAAGUGCCAGCCCCGGCAGUGCUCGGAGAGCGAGUUUGCCUGCACUAACGGUCGAUGUAUUGCCGGGAGAUGGCAGUGCGAUGGGGAUCACGACUGUGCUGAUGGAUCUGAUGAGCACGAAUGUGAUCUGAAAUGCGACAACGACCAGUUCCAAUGUAAGAAUGGACACUGUAUCCCGAUUCGCUGGCGAUGUGACGCCGACCCUGACUGCAUGGACGGCAGUGACGAGGACAACUGUGGCGGCGCAGCUGGACGUCACUGCCCUCUGGACGAGUUCCAGUGUAACAACACUCUGUGUAAACCACUGGCCUGGAAGUGUGACGGAGAGGACGACUGUGGGGACAACUCUGACGAGAACCAGGAGGAAUGCAGGAAGUUCCAGUGUCCACCCACCAGAGUGUUCCGGUGCCAAAACGACCGCGUGUGUCUGCAGCUCUCAAAGAGAUGCGACGGCGUUAAUAACUGCGGCGAUAACUCAGACGAACUCAACUGCCAAGACACUCGAGCUGCUCCCACGUGCGAAAAGGACGAGUUUCUGUGUUCCAACGGCAAAUGCAUCCGGUCUUCUCUGCGCUGUGACUUCUUCAACGAUUGUGAGGACUAUGGCUCUGAUGAGAUCAACUGCAAGACAGACACGAAGCUGAAUGACUGUCGGAGCAACAGGACCCAGUGUGGCAAUGGAGACGAGGCCCACUGUCUGAUUAACGGCACAGACUCCUUCUGCUCCUGCAAACCAGGAUUCCAGAAGAUAGGAUACCACACAUGUGGAGAUAAGAACGAGUGUUUACAGUUCGGAGCCUGUUCCCACAUUUGCAACAACACCAAGGGCUCCUACAAAUGCAGCUGCCACAAGUACUUCACCAAGAUCCACGACACCUGCAAGGCUGACAAUACGAACAGCACUCGACAGAUCCUCUACAUAGCUGACGACAAUGAAAUCAGGAGCCUGGACCCCGGGAUGCCGAACUGGCGCUACGAGCAGACGUUCCAGGGCGAUGCCAGCGUUCGCAUCGACGCCAUGGACCUGCACGUCAAGACCAACCGCAUUUUCUGGACCAACUGGCACACUGGCCGCAUCUCCUCCUACGAACUCCCAGGGCCGUUCACUUCGUCGUCGUCCUCCAACUCUCACCGGAACCGGCGCGAAACUCAGGGCAGAAUUACCAACCUGCAGAUCAAAGAGCUGAAAAUGCCACGGGGUAUCGCUGUGGACUGGGUGGCCGGUAACCUGUACUGGACCGACUCGGGUCGAGACGUCAUUGAAGUGGCUCAGAUAUCGGGCCAGCAUUGCAAGACCCUCAUUUCCGGCAUGAUAGAUGAGCCUCAUGCCAUUGUUGUAGACCCACAGAGAAGCACCAUGUACUGGGCAGACUGGGGCAACCACCCUAAAAUUGAGACGGCUGCCAUGGAUGGCACUCUCAGACAAACUCUGGUCCACGAGAACAUCCAGUGGCCCACGGGUUUGGCUGUGGACCAAUUCAAUGAGCGUCUUUACUGGGCCGACGCUAAGCUGUCUGUGAUCGGCAGCGUGCGUCUGGACGGCUCUGACCCCGUCGUGGCCGUCUCCGGGAUGAAAAACAACCUGCUCCAUCCUUUCAGCAUAGACAUCUUUGAGGACUACAUAUACGGAGUUACAUAUAUGAACAACUUUGUCUUCCGGGUCAACAAAUUUGGGAAGGGCCCUAUGGAGAAUCUCACUACAGGCAUCAACCACGCCACCGACAUCGUCCUCUACCACCGUUACAAGCAGCCAGACAUAACCAACCCAUGUGACAAGAAAAAGUGCGAGUGGCUGUGUCUCCUCAGCCCCAGCGGGCCAGUUUGCACCUGCCCGAACAAUUACGCCGCAGACAAUGGUACAUGCGUGGAAAGGCCGAGUCCCACGCAGUCUCCGUUCUCUCCCCCCUCAGGUCCAUGCAAUAUCCAGUGUCAGAACGGCGGGAGCUGCUUCCUAAACGCCCGUCAGGUCGCCAAGUGCCGCUGUCAGCCCAGCUACAUUGGAGACCGAUGCGAGAUCAAUCAAUGCAGGGACUACUGCAGAAACGGAGGCACCUGCACCGCUUCCCAUACAGGAGCACCUACUUGCAGAUGCCCCAAGGGCUUCACAGGGCCCAAAUGCAAUCUGCGGAUCUGUGCAGACUAUUGCUUGAACGGAGGCAACUGCUCAGUGAACAGUGGGAACCAGCCUACCUGCAAGUGCCUGCCUGAGUACCAGGGAGACCGGUGCCAGUACAGUAAAUGCGAAGGCUUCUGCCAGAACGGUGGAACCUGCUUGCAAACGUCCAACGGGACCAAACUCUGUCUGUGCCCGACUCAGUUCAUCGGAAAACAGUGUGAGCUGGACAAAUGUCAGUUCUGCGGCGAGGGCAAGUGCCUGACAUCACCCUCGGGAGAAAUCUCCUGCAGUUGUCCCAACGGUCAGACCCAGCCCAGCUGCUACACUUGCAUGAUGUACUGCGCUCACGGACAAUGCUCCGUUGACAGCCGUACGCUGCUGCCUCAGUGCAAGUGUUAUGCUGGAUGGACGGGAUACAGAUGUGACCUUCCAGCUGCUUCAAUUGAUUCUUCUACUUCUAGUAGUAGCACCACUUCCGUUGCCCUGCCGGUGAUCCUGCUGCUGCUGCUGGCACUGCUGGUGGCUGGCGCCAUCUUCUGGUACAAGCGGAGAAUGCGCGGUGCAAAGGGCUUCCAGCACCACCGGAUGACUAAUGGAGCCAUGAAUGUUGAGAUCGGGAAUCCGGCGUAUAAGAUCUACGAAGGAGACCCUGAUGACGACGCUGGGGAGCUUCUAGACUCAGACUUUGCUUUGGAUCCAGACAAGCCCACCAACUUCACCAACCCAGUGUAUGCCACCCUGUACAUGGGCGCUCACAACAGCCGCAACUCCCUGGCCAGCACCGACGAAAAGAAGGAGCUUCUGUCCGCGGGCGACGAGGACAUGAGCGACCCGCUGGCGUAGAGCUCGGCUCGGAUUGAACUCUGCCAAUGUUGCUCUGCCUCGCCCCGACCCAGAGCUGAGCCAACAAGUUCUCUCUCUCAUCUUCUGCCUUCACCAACUUCAAAUAAAAGCAACAAAACAAAACAACAAAAAAAGCAAGAACACUGUAUAAAAUGUAUAAAAUGAAGGACUACUUUUUUAAGUGAUUGCAGUAUUAUAUUUUGUUCUUUGACAAAAAACAAAAACAGAAAAAAAAAUCUCUGGUGAUGGAAAAGGAACCAUUUUAUAGACAUUUAUUCAGUUUUUUUUUUUUUAAUUUUGCUCACCUCCUCACAACUCCCCCUCCUCUCUCACACAUAUAGCCACUACCUCUGUGCAAAUGUAAGAGAUAGAGAGAAGCAAAUUACUCUGGAACCAUUUUUAUUCCUUUUUUUUCCAUUAUUAGUUGUACAGGAGGGAAAAAAAAUAGAAAAAGUAUUGUUCCAUCCUCGAAAAAGUUGCCAAGUCUUGUUUUGUAAGAGAGAGACGUGUCAGUGCUCACUAACAGUUCUUCCUGGAUGCUGGUUCGGCUCAGUCUUUCCACAUUAUUUGUGUGUUGUAUGUAUGUAUGUUUGCUGCUGGAGGUCUAAAGGGAGACGAGACUGACAAAGGAAUGCGAUGAUGUUUCACUGCACAUGUACACAACGGAGGAUUCAGCAACUGCAUUCAAGUGAUUGUCUUUUACCUCCUUGCACAGACUAAAGUUAAAUAUAUAUAUCUAUAUUUCCAUAUAUAUAUGAACCUAUUAACAAAGUGUCUUGAAAAUAUACCCAGGAAUACAAACAACAGUAACAAAUAGCAGUCUGUAAUUUUUAAAUAUUUCUUUUUUUUUUUUUUAGUUAUUGUAUAAUUGACACACUUGGUGUCAGCGAUGAAUGAGUCGGUGGCGGUGUGUGAGCGGAUGAAGAUGAUUGUAAUAAAGUCCACAUUCCAGGAUGAACAGUCUGGGAUGGAUAUCCGUGGCCUUGGGUUCAGCUCACUGCAGGAACUCUGGACUAAAGUUGUGAUGUAAAUCCAGAAUAUUCUUAUUUGGGAGCGAAGGAAAGCUGUGAUCUCACUGAAAAUCAGUCUAUGACCAAUAACUAGCAGGUAAAGGUCACGUUUGUUUUUUGAUUGUAAACUUGCUUUCAGGAAAGGCCGGGUAGACGGACUGAUGGUACGAACUUCUGUGGGAGAUUGAAUUUUCCUUUUCUUUUCAAUACUGUUUGUUAUUACAUGUAACUUAGGUUUAAUGCUCAUUGUUAAAGUGCAUUCCCAGGAAGGAGCUUCCUGAUGAGCUUCUUUUUGUUUUUAAAAUGUUUUACUUCCUUUGGUUUUGCUGCUAACCACACGUCUGCCACCUUGGUCUCUAGUCUCAGCAGUUGCUCUCUCCGUGUUUCACCCGUCACCACGCUGCUUUUAACUGAGCUCAUCGGCCAUGCCUGCCAUAUCACACCGCAUGGUGCUCUCACACCCAGGAAAAUAGAUUUACCCUUCACCUGUUAACAGUAUUCAUCAAAUUAUUUUUGUUUCUAUAGAAAAAAAAACAAACAUCCUGUUAAAAUUUAAAAUGACCAUCUGAGUUAGAACAAUCAUGUUUCAGUUGGAGGAUUUCUUUUGGUGGCAAAUACCCACAUAUCUGUGGUUCAGAUUGUUUUGUUAUGAUCCUCUUUCUUUUUGAUAUAAGAAAUUAAAUUGAUUUUUAUAGUAGAAAUGUACGAUGUCCCUGUCUGUCAUUUGGAGAGGAAACACAGUCCCUCAUUAUUUCUUGCUGGAUUACAUCAGAGGUCGGCUAUCUUCGAAGUAUUCAAAAUAAAACACAACAUGUAGAAAUGGCUUGUUUCGAAUGUUGCUUCAUCAAAGAAGGACCCCACAUUCAUCGCCUUCAAAGUCGUGAACUGUAAUAGCGAUUUAAUUUGUCAUUUUUAUUAAACAAGAAGUGUCAUCUCUCACUUCAACACAAUACCAA